AUGCACAAGGCUGAAAUUCGUCAACAACCUGACAGAGAUACCGUCACUCAGCAAGGUAACGUCUAUCGUCUCACUGCGCCGGGUUCUGUUUGGCACUCCUCCUCUAACCCUGCAAGUACAAUUGCAGCUGUCACUUCAACGAUAGAACCCCCUACAGUUGACCCGACGCCGGACGACUCUCCGAAGGACGACCGAACCCGACGCUCGCCCUUCGCCAUAAGUACCCCUGCGCAGGAUCUUCAGGAUCGCUGCCAUACGACUACGACGACUCCGAACGUCAAAACUUCCACGGUAACGGAUUCCCCCUUCUCCUGGGCACCCCAGACCGACGCGUCUGCGUGCAUUGUCACCACAAAUCUCACGCUUCCCCCUUUCACAGACUCGAUGGUUCCUGUGCGUGUCACAUCUACGGAUGGGACGGCGCUUAUUACUCCUGACGGCAUCCGUGUGAAGGGACUCUGUGCUCUCCCUGCGAUAUACGAGGUAACUAACGGAACGAGUGCAUUGCGCCUGAUCAACGCAACCUGCACUCCCGUUCGCCUGCAUCGCGGAACAAGAGUAUGCGACUGUGAGGUCACUGGCCUCCCGGUCGUUGAAGUAGAGCCCCCUAUCACACCUGUCUGCAACACGUCAGCUACUACGAGCGCCCCUGACGCACCCGGACCUGAAGAGACUCUGUGUGAAUUCCCGCCUAUGGACUUUGCGGAAGAUGUUCUUCGACGACUACUGAAGGAGUUUCCCUCCUUACUACCAACCAAGGACCGCCCCUUGGGACGCACUGAUGUUCUUCGACAUCGCAUCGACCUCAUUCCAGAUACAAAGCCUAUUUACAUACCUUCUUACCGUAUCCCUCACAGCUGUCGUGCCGCCUUCAAAGAAGCCACCGACGCAUUGCUCGCUCAAGGUAUCAUUGAACCUUCUCAGUCACCAUGGUCAGCCCCUAUGCUUCUCGUACCCAAAAAGGAUGGAUCUCUGCGACCCGUUAUCGACUACCGCUGCCUGAACGCAGCCACCGUUCCUGACCGCUACCCCAUACCGACGAUUCGCACUCUUCUCCAAGAAGUAGGUGAGGGACAUGCUAUCCUUUCAUCUAUAGACUUAGCACAUGGAUUUUUGCAAGUUGAAAUGGACCCGUCUUCAAAGGACCUCACUGCCUUUUCCACUCCACAUGGACAUUUCGCUUUCACAAGAAUGCCCUUUGGUCUUAGGAACUCACCCAUCACAUUCUCAAGAUUGAUGUCUCAUUAUGCAAGGCUUGAUUGGUGA